AUGCGUAAAUGGGAGAAACGAAUGUUGCAAUUAGCUGCUGCCAUCGGCACGGCUGCUUAUCCAACUGGUAUGAUUGCAUUUCACGCUCGUCUGAUUAGUUUUGGAAGAAAACAUAUCGAAUAUGAUGUACCUGAUGAAAUCGUGGAUUUGGUGGAAAGUGAGCUAGACAAAUUGGAUAAUUUGCUAUUAAAAGUGAAUACGAAAAUUGCUGUAACUGAUUCACUGAAUCCGGAAUGGCGCGGUGGUUUUUAUUUGAGACAUGGCUUUGAAUUGUUUCUACCAAUACGAGCAGUAGCGAAGAGUGUAUCUGAAUUGCCGAAAAUGAACCGAAUUUCGAUUAUAAAUUCAGCAGGUACCUUUUCGAGUAAGCAAAAAACAGUGAAUACUGCAACAGCUGCUGCAAAAAAUAUUUUUAAUGAUUACCUUUUAUCGGAGGCUGCUAGGCGUUUUAUUAUUCGCCGAGAGCUACUAAGAGCUAAUCGUCGCUCUUUCGUUCUGGGACCAAUUUUUAUUUGGAUUCUCUUAUCGAGUAUUGUGUCCUUAUUAUUCAUUUUAAUGAUGCGCUUUGGUCGUGCAAUUUCUUAUGGUACUGUAGCAGUUUCGAUACCAGUAACAGUUUUUACUUUUCGACAGGCACUUCGAGACUUUGUCUCAUACAGUGAGAAAAUCUUGGAUCACGAUGCUUACUCCGACUCUUCCGAAUAUAUGGAAGGAGCUCGUGAAUACUUGGCUUCAUCAGUUGCUACGAAUCUCAAAAUACGUCAAGCACUGCAAGAUUGGAAUUCGGAAUUUAUAAAGCCAAAUGGUGAUAGUGUUGGAGAUGCAUGGCCAUAUUCGAAAAGAUUAGAAGAACUUGAGGAUUUCGAUAAAAAGAAGAAACAAAGGAGCAAAUGA